ACAACACAGACCUCAACCAGAAAGAUCAAUUUAGCGGGCUUCGCAGCGCUGCGUGUCGGAGAGUGCCAGUGAACUUGGAGCUACGGCGAAUCGAAAUCGGGGUGGCAAACUUUACCGUCGUUUUACACUCGAACGUAAUUCCCAUGCAAAUUGUGCGCGCGUGUCGCUGAAAAUUCAAUUGAAAGUCAACGAUUUAUAUUUCAUAAAUUUAUCUUACACAUUUAUUUCUUCAUUGAUUAUUGUGCCGUCAAUUGUGCUAUAAACUUUUGUUUAAAGGGAAAAAUCAAAACGCGGAAGCGAUAGUUUAUUUAAUACAACGCAUAACGCCAAAGUCAAAUAUUUUUGUGUGUGUAAAUCAGAAAUAAACGAUAAUUUGUUUGUGCAUAGCGCGUGUUUUUCAAAAUUGUUUAAAUACAUGAAAAAGCUUUAUUUGAAAAUGACGACGGCGCCGAAAAUUCAGACAAUGCUGCUGAUUAUUGCAAUAUUCAGUGUCUACGCACCCGCUGUACAUGGCCAGUCCUAUGUGCUAACUUUGGAGAACGUUAUUACACGACAACUGCCAUAUAAUCGAACGACUUUUAACGGUACAACGGAGACGGAUCUAUUUACCGAGCAAGUGGAUAAUAAGUCCAGGAUAUUUGUUUAUAAAAACACAGCUGAUUCCAGCAACGAGUUGUCACAGACGGCUAUGGAUGUGAUCACGAUUGUGUGGUAUGUGGCAACAUUUCUGGCAUUGGCCGCUUUCUUCAUGCUGAUGGCCUGCUCGGAUCGACGCUGCCGGGGCAUGCGUGUCCGACGAGCGAACCCCAUGCAAAAUGAGGCGCAACGGGCACCGCCCACACCCUCACCAUCGUACAGUGAAUUUGCCCCGCCCAGCUACGAUACUGUUAUUAAAAUGCAGCAUGACGCCAAGACGAGCGUCUUUGUUAUACCGUUCAACAGUGAGAAUAAGGCCAAUGAUGCGCCUAAUGGCCCUGCCAACUCCCCCACCAACGCCUACACAAUUGAUGAGCGGCCAAAGGCACAGGUGUAAUUGGAUCAAAAGUUGGCCCUUAUCGGCCCGAAUAUAACUGUAUAACGUCUCUGUGAUAUUUGCUGUGCGUGCACCUUGUGCCAAAUUCAAAAUGUCGUCGAAAACGUCGAGAUUUUGUAGUGCAGUGUGAAAUGUAUUAUAUUAUAUAUAUUGUAUAUAGUAUUGUAGCAAUUGUCAUCCGUAUAUUUAACAAAUAGGUUAUUAGAAUUGCUUAAAAAGACUGAAUGACAAAAUAUGUUAACAUAUUUUCUACUGGUCCAUUUAUAUUUUUGUUCGCAAUUAAUUUAGCAUUUUGUUAGCUAAUAAAAUAAAAUAUAACAAUAUAAUAAAAUGUAUAACAUUUUAUCUCAUUUAAAAAA